UCUUGCAGGAGUGCGCGGGCAUGUUUCCGCCUACUCGAUGGGUCCGGGUAGAGCUGCAGCCCCAGGCUUUUGGAGGGCAUCUUCUCCCCCUCUGCUCCUCCUUCACAGGGGCGAGGUGUGCUUUCCGCAUCCCCACAAACACUCCCGCUGAGGAUCGCCCUUCUGGGAGCAGUAGGACUCGAAGAGAAAGCCAACGAGGGUAGCGCCGGCGCUCACCGUAGCAGCAGCUGCUACCCCUUUCCCGGGCAGACUAUGAUAGGCCGAAAUGAAUCCUGCGGUGCUGAGGAGAUACCCACGUCUUACUUAACAUGCCUGCUUUACAUACUGGAAGGAUGGACUGGAGUGGAACACUUAGAAGAAUAUUUCAGUUACCUGGCCUUUCUCACAUGGCUCUUUACACCUCUACUCAUAGCUUUUAUACUUCCUGCAGCCAUUCUUCUCCUCCUUUAUAUUUCCAUUGUCAUCCUUCAUGUUUAUAAGAGGAGGACAGACCUAAAGGAGGCAUAUUUGAAUGAUUUCUGGGACGGUGCAAGAGAAACGGUGGCAACUGUCUGGUGCGUUCAUGCAAGAAUAUGGAAUGGUUAUGAGUUGCAUGGCAUGGAAAAAGUACCUGAUGGACCAGCUCUGAUUGUUUUUUAUCAUGGAGCAACUCCUAUGGAUUUUUUCUACUUCAUGGCCACUGUCUUUAUUAAGAAGAAAAGGAUCUUCCGUGUAGUAGCUGAUCACUUUGUCUUCUCGAUGCCAGGUUUUAAACUAUUACUUGAUGUUUUCACUGUUCUGCGUGGAACACGGGAAGAAUGCUUGAGAGAAUUAAAAAGUGGGAAUUUGGUGGCCAUUGCACCAGGAGGACUUCGGGAAGCAUUAUUCAGUAAUGAAAACUACACUCUUAUAUGGGGAGAUCGUAAAGGAUUUGCUCAGGUCGCCAUAGAUGCAAAAGUGCCUAUCAUUCCUGUGUUCACACAAAAUGUCCGGGAAGGCAUUCGUUCACUUGGUGGACUAAAACUGUUUAGGUUGAUAUACGAGUAUCUCCGUUUGCCACUGGUCCCACUAUAUGGAAACUUCCCUGUCAAACUCCGUACAUAUGUUGGAGAUUCUAUUCCAUAUGAGCCAAAUAUAACUGCUGAACAGUUGGCAGAAAAGCACCCCUAUAAGAAAUCACAUGCUGAAGCUUCUUGUACCUGCCCUUGGAUGACCAAGAAGAAAUCACUGGCAGUACAAGUGCUCCUGUGAUGCAUCACUACAUCACAAGCACAUAGAUGUUACUGGAGAGACUUCUUACCUUCAGCUCUCUUGGCACAGAACCUCAAAGACUUUAUCUGCUACUUAUAUCACUUCCAACUUGGAUUAAACAGCAUAUGAUGUUUACAACUUAACUGGGUGUGGACUGGACAAAAUAUGAACAAGUAGUAUCUUGUUUAACUAGAUUUAGAAAUAUGGCAGUCAUUUCCUGAAAGAUUUGGUCUGCUGAAUAUGACAUAGCAACUUCAUUUACAUAUAUUAUAUAUGCUCCUUGUGACUGUUUUUGUUUAUACAGUACUCCUACUUUGAAAACUAUACUAAUGGGCUAAAUUGUGAAUCUUCUAGGCAUUUAGGUCAAAAUCCGGUUGACAUUGUCAUAUGUAUUCAGUCCUCUGGCUGUACGUCCCCUUCAGCAGGACCACUUGUUGCAGGAUCAGUUACUUGGCCAGCUAUGACCUGAUCUCACAGCUCCUAAGAACCUGGACAUGCAAAGGAGAGCCUGCUGGAGGUGGGGAAAUGUUUACAUGGUUGCUCUUACAUGAUCAUGUUACAUGAAUAGGGUUGUAGUGCCUAAUCAGAGAGAAUUAAAUAAUGAAAUUAUCUUCCAUUUUUAAAAAAACACACCUCACGAGACAGAAGAACUAUAUCCGACUCUAUAAAAAUAGUGUUAUGUACCCACAGAUGGAGCUUUACCUAUGCAAAGGACCUUCCUAAUUCUUGGAAUUUUACCAUGUCCAGAUGACGCCAUUUUCCAUUUUUUUAAUCAGAGAAAAUCUGCACAUUCCCACAAUAUCUACUGAUUGUUCAUGCUAGGACUCCUCUGCUAAAAACAGCCUGAUUUCUAAUUUUCAUGCAUGGGAAUUUGUGCAUGAAGAUACACUCUUUCAGGCUAAUCCCAUUCUGCCUUCUAAAUCCAUCUUGGGGAAAGGCUUACCUAUUCCAAUUUUUCAGAGUUGAGUCCCUUAAUUUGCAUAAUAUUUGAUAUUACGCAAAUUUGUUGGUGUCAUUAGCAUAAUAUGCACAUUUUGUAUUAUGAAAAUUCAUAUGAAAUUUUACAUACUAUGCACAAUAAUUAGUCCACUUUUUUCUGCCAAUAUGUUUCAGCCUUAGCAUCAUUUAUACAACAGUUACUGAUCUGAGAACACUAGCAUAAUGUGAUGGCUAGAGUACUGGAUUUGGAAAAAGAAGAUCUGAGUUCAAAUCCUGUCUUAGUAAUAAAGUUUACUUAGGGUAAGCAGUAUUUCUAAGCCAAGCUUAAAUUAUAUGAUUGUUUUGAGGAUAAAUGAAGAGAUGGAAACCAUGUAACACAGCUGUGUACAUUCCUGGUGCUUGUAAAUAAUAAAUUAAAGACAUUUUGCUACCCACAUGGACUUCUGUCAAUAUUCUCAUGGGUUGGCAGUUGUAUUUACCCCUCUCCCCAUUCUGAUCCAGGACAAUGCCACAGAAAUCCCCCACAAAUAACAGAGUCAUUUGAUUUGCAGGAAAAAAUGCAAAAUAAAGCUGGGGAUGGGGGCAAACUACAGCAAUAAAUGGGUCAUUUUCUUCAGAGAUACAAACUGAAUUUCGUUAGGUGAAAUAGCUUAAUUAUCUUUGCCAUGUUUGACUUCACAUAGAGCAAGAACCACUCCAGUGUGGCACAUCCUUCCUAAAUCCUCACCACAGUUAAAUGUUGUUUUGUUUCCUGCUGUAGACUGUAUUGUAUUAGAUAAUCAGAUUCACAGCACACCUUGACAUUUCUCUCUUUUUUAGAGUAAACCAUUCAGAUUCCCUCAGCAAGUAUAGUAACUGACCAAUUCGACUUGACAAUUCUGGGACCUGCCAUCUAAGAAAGCACCCUUCUGUGGUCUGCUUUCUAUAGGCUAAGAAACUAAGUUUGGCAGUAUAUUUUCCUAAUAAGAAUAGAUACAUCAAUUUUCUAUGCACAUGUACUGGGGUGUAAGGCCCACUUAGUUUAGCAAGUUAUAAAGCUGAGAAAUCAGUUCAAAAAGCUGUAACGUGAUGAAUGCAUGUAGAAUUAGUUGUUCAAAAAGGAAGUUGCAACUUCAUUAUAAUAGUCUGAAGUCUGGUUCCACAAAUUUAAGAUCCAUAGCAACCAUAAGCUCAACAAUAACAAUACCAAACAGAAUCUAAUAGACUUCCCCUCCUUCCCUUUGCCUCACCUUUACUCAGGACAGCAACAAGAUAAAAGUGCCCACAAGACUAUGGAAGAUGAAAUGGACCUUAGUCUGUCUGGAAGGCAAUACAGUGUGGUCUCGACUUACGAACGGUUCUGCAUAUGAACUUUUUGACUUAUGAACCCGCCCGAUAGGAAAUUGCAUACUCAACAUACGAACUUCCCUCGAGUUACAAACAGGAAAAAAGUGCCCCUUCCCUCCCCUUAGA